GGUCGACACGGCUGCUGUAAAAGAUGACUGUGUUUGCUCUAUGGAAACUUGAUGGAAACCAUUGAUAACCACUACCACGCCUUUAAGGUCAACCUGCACCCAGACGAGGUUCUAAGUGUUGCAUAUAGAUGAUGUUUUUCACUUGAACCCAAAUGAAGUGUGGGAUGGCAGAUAUAGCCGUACAUCCUGUUUAUAUUGCCUUUUUAUGCAGGGUCAGUGUUCUAGUGGUGGCCUUCUUAGCCUGACGUUAACUGCUGACUUUAAUGUGGACCUGAGAUCAACCUCUUGGCACGGCGGGCUCACCUGAAACCAUUUCAACCAGCUCACCUGGAGCCCUGUGAUGUUAUAACAAGUACACCAUUACAUGAUGUCACUGUUACAUUACUAGAAGAUGACAAUGGUUCUUUAAAGGUGCUUUUGUUAAAUAAGAAGUGAAUUCAAAUGCAUUUCUGUGGUAGCGUGAUUUUACUCACUGGUACAUUUUAAAAGCAUUAUUGAACUAUAAUAGAUGCAGCUCUACACUACAGAAGACCACAACUAGCACCACAUUUAUAUCUGUGCAGUGGUCAUUUUUUAGUAUAUGUUUAAUGAUUUUUAUCUUUUCCUCUGAUUGUAAGUUUUAAUUGUAAUCCAUUUCUUUUUAUCUUUUAUUUACUAGAAACGAGCGUUUUUAUUUCUUUUCUGAGACUUUAUGGAUUUCUAUUUUAAUCUGAAUUUUCUCUUUUUAAUAAAAAUGUAUUUGCUUGUUUACUUUGAUUAAACCCUCUCUUUUUUUUCUUUUAUUUUGUCUCUGAUUUUUUUGUUUUUGUUUCUAAUCUGAGGCGUGUCUGCCCGCCGCCAUGUUGUUCGGUGACGUCACCAACCCGGAAGUGAGCUCGCGGUUCUGUGGCAGCAGCACAGGCUCGCGGUCCAAAACAACUCUUCCUCCUCGUCAUAAUCCUCCUCUUCCUCCUCUCGGACCAUGGACCGGUGAGAACAGGGUCCGUCCCGAAUCUUUCCGGACGGUCCCGAACCCUCUGUCCCGUGCUUCCUGCUGACUGAGCCCCACCUGCAGACGCUCUCCUUCUCCUCCUCCUGUCUGUGUUGUUUACCUGUCGUUGUUUACCUGUGUAUUGUGGCCUCCUCGCGCUCCUCUCUCGGUUCGGACUUUGAAUAGACAGUGCAGAGUUUCACUGGUUAAAAUCUCGCGAUGAUUCGCCCUCAGAUCAGGGAAUAUAAACUGAUCAGUUAUAGUCUUGGGCUCCAGUCAGGCUGGUAAACCAGUUGAAACCAGUUCAACUUCAGGCUGAUCUUUAAUGGGAGGAUUAAAAACACCAACAUCAGGUUCUUUAAGGCAUCAGAGCUGUUCUGGGUUUAUAAACCUAAUCUGGUUCUGGUUCUGGUUCUGAGAGCUCAGUCUGGGUCGGACCUGAUUACAAAGUUCUGUGUACCCCUGACUGAGGGCUCUAAACACAGCUGACUGGCGGCUCUGUAUACAAGUUGACUGACCGCUGGGUGUAAAAAUGCUGUUUUUAUUCCUUUAGUUAAAUAAAGAGCAGUCAGCUGAGGUCCGAUCAGAACACCAAGUAGAUCCAUUGGACUCAGAUCAAAACAAGAAGCAUGAUGAAACUGGUUCUGAUCUGCUGCUUUCAGCUCUAUGUUUGGGCUUCCAUCUCUGGUAUGAAGGUUCUUGCUGCAUCAGUUAUUCAGAGUUUCUGUAGCGGGUUUCAGUUUGUUCAGCCUAGGAGCUGCUCAGUGACCCAGAACCACAGAAGUAAACUAGAGCCCCCUGAAUGAACUGGUUUCACUGGGUCCAUUCAUCAACAGUUAGCAGGUGUAUAAAGUGGUAAAGAUCCAUGUGGGAGGAGAUUUCUUCUCAACCAGUAAGUAGUAUCUGGGCUGAACUGUCAGAUGAUCUGAUCUUCGUGUGUGGAUCUCAUGGUGGUGGAGGUCCCCAUGUUCUGCAGGUUCACCUUUUUGUUCUUUCAUUAUUCUGAUCUCAGCAUCCAAACGAUGCUGUUAGGUUUUAGUCACAUGGUCAAAGUGGGCGUUCACUCUCUGAUGCUGGUUCUGGUGGGCCUAGGUAGGGAGAUCCAGGGAUCCUGUCCGGCUCAAUAAAUAUUAAAUGUUCUAUAAAUCUAAGCUCUUUGUCGUACCCAGCGGUCCCGCCUCUGAAGUAUCUGCCAAAAUAUAAACCUGGACACUCCUUGCAAUCUGCUGGAGUUCAGAACCUGAGAACCCGAGCCAAGGAGUCAGAAUUCAGAUCACCUGUUGGUCGCUCUAAGAACAUGAGCUCCGCCCCCCUGUCCUCAGUGGAUGGCACUGACAGGCUGUGUGUUUCUGAGCGUGCUCAGUGCAUCCCUUCUCCGGUCCUUCACCUACGUCAGCUACCUGCUGACAUCUCUGAACAGGAAGUGGUCGCCCUGGCACUUCCCUUUGGCAGAGUCUCCAAACUGAUCACACUGAGGACCAAAAACCAGGCGUUUUUAGAGAUGUCAUCAGAAGAAGCAGCCGUUACCAUGGUGAAUUACUACGCCUCAGCCCCGCCCACCAUCAGGAACCAGCCAGUCUUCAUUCAGUACUCCAACCACAGAGAGCUGAAAACCAACAAUCUGACCAAUCAGAGGACUCAGGUGGCGCUGCAGGCCAUCAGUGGAGCAGCAGUGCAUUCUGGGAACAUGGCAUCAGGAGAUGGGCAGGGCUUAGUUGCAGCUCCCUGCGCGGUUCUGAGGAUCAUCGUGGAGAACCUGUUUUACCCAGUGACUCUGGAGGUCCUUCAGCAGAUCUUCAGUAAGUUUGGCUCCGUGCUGAAGAUCAUCACCUUCACCAGGAACAAUCAGUUUCAGGCUCUGCUGCAGUUCAGCGAUGCCGUGCACGCUCAGCACGCCAAGGCUUCUCUUGAUGGUCAGAACAUCUACAACGGCUGCUGCACACUCAGGAUUGAUUUCUCCAAACUGAGCGCGCUCAACGUCAAGUACAACAACGACAAGAGCCGCGACUUCACCAGAGCCGACCUGCCCACCGGAGAACUGGAGCCGGCUGCCACCGCCUUCGGUGUAGCUCUGCCACCAUAUGGAGCAGCGUUCCCACCCACAUUCCAUCAACACGCAGGUCUCCCCGUGGCGGCUGUCCCUGGCUCGCUCGUGUCCCCUCCUCGUGUGUCGCUGCAGAUGGCGCCCCCUGCAGUUUAUUCGGUGCUGCUGGUGUCCAACCUGGACCCAGAGAGAGUUUCUCCUCACUGCCUCUUCAUCCUCUUUGGUGUUUAUGGGGACGUUCAGAGAGUGAAGAUCCUGUUCAACAAGAAGGAAAACGCUCUCGUUCAGAUGAGCGAUGCCACGCAGGCCCAGCUGGCGAUGAGUCACCUGAAUGGUCAGCGUCUCCAUGGAAACGUGAUCCGGGUGACGCUGUCCAAACACCCGGUGGUGCAGCUGCCUCGCGGGGGGGCGGGGCAGGAAGAGCAGACGCUGACUCAGGACUUCUCAGGCUCUGCCCUCCAUCGGUUUAAAAAACCCGGCUCGAAGAACUUUAACAACAUCUUUCCCCCGUCAGCAACGCUGCACCUUUCCAACAUCCCCUCGUCAGUCAGCGAGGAGAUUCUGAAGGACCUUUUCUCCACCAGAGGGUUCUCUGUCAAAGCCUUCAAGUUCUUCCAGAAGGACAGGAAAAUGGCUCUGCUGCAGUUGGCAUCAGUGGAAGAGGCCAUUGAGGCUCUGAUUGGGCUGCAUGACCACCAACUGGACCACAACCAGCACCUACGGGUCUCCUUCUCCAAGUCCACCAUCUGAGUCCCGCACUCUGCAGCUCAGCGGCCAAUCAGACUGCAGGGCCUCCCGAUAGGCUUGCUCUGAUGACCACAGACCAAUGGACAGGCCGCCGGUCGUCAAACAGGGCUCAUCGCUAUGGUUACAGGUGUUCCUGAGCACAUUCCUGAGCAGCAGCAGCAGAGCAUUGUGGGUAAUGGAGUCCAACGAGGUGGCUGACGUGAGUCUGAGCUGUACAUUUUGAAAUGGAUCAGGAAAAAAACAGAACCUGCCUUUAUUCAGAACUGGUGUGAGUUUUUCAUUUUUCUGAUUGAAGAAUCUGAAGCUGUUUGUGUUCCUGCUGAAACUCUUCGUCACAUUCUGCUACUGUCUGACCCGCUGGAUCAUCAUCAUCAUCAUCAUCAUCAUUAUUAUUAUCAUUCCUGCUGUUGAUGUUUGGGUCUCCUCCACUGACUGUUUUUUGCCUUAUUUAUCUGAUUGUUUUACAGCCUGUAGGGGGCGCUGUUGUCCUGGUGUGUUCCUGACGUUUGUUCUAGGAGGGUUUUUUAAUGUCAGGUGUAUUUAUACUGUAUAAAGUGUGUGAUCCGUAAUGCUGUUGAAGUGCCGCCCACAAGUCUCAAACUGCCAUACCAGUGUGUGAGUGUGUGUGUGUGAGAGAGAGACAUGUGAUUGGUUGAGUUUCCAUUUUAAAACCUGAGCAGUAACAGGUGAUUAAUCUGAUUAACCUCUGACCCCCUGACCUACAGGAGCCGCAUUUCAAUUCAUUUCAAUUCAAUUCAAAGAUACUUUAUUGAUCCUUGAGGGGAAAUUAGAAGUCCAGUAGAACCCAUCCAAACAUACAUCAUGACACAAGACAAGGGAGACGGGUCACCGAGGCUU